AUGCAUGUUGUUAGAAAGGAUGGUGUGGGUAUGAUCUUAGACCGACAUGAGUCAAUCCGGGCAGCAGUAAAUCGUUCCGGAGGUGACUGGCAACCUCCAAGAGCAUGGUGGAUGUUUUGUAUAAGGCACAUCGGCAGCAACUUCCUAAGGGAAUUCAAAGUCCCUCACUUGCAAAAACUUGUUGUCAAUAUAGGGUAUUCGAGAACGGUGGAGGAGUACAAUAUCAACUAUAAGAGGUUGGAAGAGCGAGGCGAGGCAUAUGCCAAGUGGUGUGAUGCCAUUGGACUCAGACAUUGGGUAUUGGCAUUCGACGAGGGACAUCGAUGGGGCCAUAUAACGAGGAACCUUGUCGAGUCCAUUAACUUAGUGUUGAAGGGUGCCCGUAAUCUACCUGUGUUGGCGCUGGUCCGAGCAAUAUAUUAUCGGUUAAAUGAACUUUUUACGCGAAAAAGUGCCGAGACUCACGAACGCAAGCAUGCUGGAUUUACUUACUCCGUAUUUGCACAGCAGCGGAUUGAAGCAAAUAUGCAACAGACUGGGAAUAUAGUUGUGCAUCGGUUUGAUAGACGAAAUGAGGUGUUUGAGGUAUACGAAAUGACUAGCAAAAAAGUGAUAGUUGUUGAUCUUGCACGACGGGCGUGUGACUGUGGACACUUUCAGGUGGAACGACUACCAUGUCACCAUGUUAUUGCUUGCUGUGCUAACCAGCGUCUCUAUUGGCAGUUGUAUGUACAUGAUGUGUACAAGUUGACAGAGGUUUGUAAGGUAUAUAGAUUUGAGUUCAUACCAUUAGGUGAUCCCGAGACAUGGCUUGCUUAUGAGGGACCUACAUUGGUCGCUAAUCCCGCCUUGAGGCGAACGUCAAAUGGUCGCCCCAAAUUGACCGAUACUUGA